GGCAAUGGCUUCCCUCAGACCAUUUCCCUAUAGAUAGACACUGGAAAAAUAUUUCUAACACGCAAAUGUGGCUCUUUUUCCCAUUUUUCCUUGCUAAUGUCCAUUCCAUUCACUGUUUGCGUAUCGCGAGAUUCGAGUCGGAAGAGUUGGAUUGUAGUGACCUCAUCUCUCCAGCAGCUGCGUAGCGAGGCGGAGUAGCAACUUUUGUAUGAACUCCGAAGUUGGGCAAUUGCUUGGUAGACACCGGGCUAAACGGACCAGUGGAUGGAGAGGUACCAAACAAUUGGGAAUUUCAUGGUUACAAAAACAAGUUGAAGGAGAAUCCGCGCCAUUUGCACUAAUCUCAUUUAACUUGACAACCUACGUCCACGACAGAGCUUUUGCUGGAGUUUUAACACUGAUAUUUAACGUCGGGGAAGAGGAAAGGUAUCUCACGUCAAGCGCUACUUCAGUGCCAAACCAGAAGCCCAGCCCAGCCCAGGCCAGGAGGGAUGGAUUUGGGUCAACCUUCGAGGUGUUCAGCGAAGCGAGCUAGCUGCCUUUGAUGCGAAGCUGAAUCACACGAAACAAAGUACAGUGUUCAACCCCCAAUCCAUGCUCAAAGUGACCGAAGCAGAGCUGUGAUUGGAACACACCCAUCACCUUAACAAUAUGGCCUCCUGAAAGUGGUGGAGUACAGCCAGCCAGCAUCCUCAUUCCUGCAGUCCUCUCUGGGUGUGUUGUGUUUGCCCAAGCCAGCCAGUGAGUGCGAGUGAGUGCCUCUGUGUCAGCUGAACAUCAUCCCUUCUCUCGGGCCGUCCGCUCUCUCGCCUCGUCUGCGUCUGGCCCUCCCUCAGGCGGAUUCAGGCACCCCUCAUGCCUCCCCUCCCUCAGGUCACCACUGGAGUGCCCCAGGCUCUCCCCCUCUGAACCCCCAUUCUCAUCCCCAGACCCCCAGACCCAGCCCUGCUUGCGUCCCAUCUCAGCCAUGACCAGUCUGAAGCGCUCACAGACGGAGCGCUCGGUGGGGGGCUCCAUCUCGGCCACCGACGAGUUUUACACGCGCCGCCUGCGCCUGCCCAACGGGGGCGCUCCGCCGCCACGCAGCGAGAGCGCCCACCUGUCUAGCUGCUCACCCGGCGUGCCGAAGAUGGGAGUGCGUGCCCGUGUUGCCGAAUGGCCCCCCAGGAAGGAAGGAGGAGUAGGAGGAGGAGUAGGAGGAGGAGGAGGAGGAGGAGGAGGAGGAGGAGGAAGUGGAAGUGGAAGUGGAGGAAGUGGGAGUUUGUGGCACAUCACCUUGGAGACAGACUCUCCCACGACCACUUCCUCUAGCAGCUCAUCCGGAGGAGGAGGGGACCAGCGCGGUACCGGCACGAGCAGCAGCAGCGGCAGCAGCACUGGCGGCGGCGGGAGCGGAGGCGGCAGCGCCCAGAGUAACCUGUCCGCCAAGCUCGGCCACCUGAUCAGCCCACAGGACUCCUCCAUGCUGCGCAACAUCCACAACACGCUCAAGAACAAGAUGCACGGCCGGCACGGCAGCAAGGACAACCGUUUCCUGUCUCCGGACGGCUACCAGGGCUCACCGCGCAAGGGCAUGCGCCGCAUCCGCCAGCGCAGCAACAGCGACAUCACCAUCAGCGAGUUGGAUGCCGACGGCAACGAGGGCUGGUCCUUCUCGGGCUGGACGCCCAUGCACCGCGAGUACGGCAGCACGUCGUCCAUCGACAAGCACAGCACCGCAGCGUCGGGCGCCUCGCAGAGCUUCUUCGACAUGCUCAAGGGCUACCAGUCGACCGAGGAGCCUCCCGACCAGCGCAGCCCGGCGCCCGAGCGCCUCAGCGAGCUGCUGAGCGUCGCCCACAAACAGGUGGCGCUGGACCUGCCCGACGGACCGCCGUCGCUGUCACGCGGCAGCCCUGCCAGCCGGCUGAAGGAGCGCGAGAAGCACCUGAAGCGGCGCUCCAAGUCGGAGACCGGCGGCGAAUCCAUCUUCCGCAAGCUGCGCAGCGCCCGUGCCGAGGGCGGCGAGUCCUCGCGCGCUGGCUCCGACGCCGAAGAGGACUCCGGCAGUCACUCGGCGGCGCCGCCUGCACCCCUCAAGCCCUGGGCGUGCCAGAAGCCCUUCGCCCACUUCGACGUGCAGAGCCUCUUCUUCGACCUGAACGAGGUGGUGCAGGGCCGACAGUCAGCCAGCGCCGCCAAGCACAAGAACACCACCACCGGCGCCUCGGCCGCCGCCGCCGCCUCUUCCUCCCUCUCCUCCACACUCUCCUCCUCCUCGUCCCAGAGCGCUGCGCUCGGCUCACCCUGCGGGAGCCAGGAGGAGCUCAACGCCAAGGACGGGUCCCCUGCGCUGGACCCUGGCGACGACAAGAGCAACGAGCUGGUGCUGGCCUGUCCCUGUUUCCGUAACGAGCUGGGUGGCGAGGGCGAGCGCACCAUCAGCCCCACUAAGUUGGGCAGCAUCGGCAGCGGGGGGUCCGGCUCCAGCGGGGGAUCUGCAGGGGAGGACGGGUGUCUGGACACGCUGCCGAGUUCACACCUGUCCAACGCAGGUGUGGCCGUGCUGGAGGCCCCUAAAGACGGCCAGGGGCUGCACUCGGAGCGGGGCAAGCGCUACAUCGUGGAGCAUGUGGACCUGGGGGCCUACUACUACAGGAAGUACUUCUACCUGAGAGAGCACUGGAACUAUCUGGGAGUGGACGAGACUCUGGGGCCCGUGGCGGUGAGCUUGCGCCGGGAGAAGCUGGAGGAGCACAAGGAGCACGGCCAGCAGUACCAGUUCCGGGUCAUCUUCAGGAGCAGCGAGCUGAUGACCUUGAGAGGUGCCAUCCUAGAGGACGCGGUGCCCUCCACCGCCAAGCACGGCGCCCCGCGUGGCCUCCCGCUGAAGGAGGUCCUGGAGUUCCUGGUGCCGGAGCUCAACGCCCACUGCCUGCGCCUGGCCCUCAACACGCCCAAGGUCACCGAGCAGCUCAUGAAGCUGGACGAGCAAGGGUUGAGUUUCCAGCUGAAGGUGGGGGUGAUGUACUGCCAGGCGGGCCAGAGCACGGAGGAGGAGAUGUACAACAACGAGUCGGCCAGCCCCGCCCUGGAGGAGUUCCUGCAGCUGCUGGGGGAGCGUGUGCGCCUCAAAGGCUUCACCAAGUACCGCGCCCAACUGGACACCAAGACGGACUCCACCGGCACACACUCUCUGUACACCACCUACAAGGACUAUGAGUGUAUGUUCCAUGUGUCCACCAUGCUGCCAUACACCCCCAACAACAAGCAGCAGUUGCUAAGGAAGCGCCACAUCGGCAACGACAUUGUGACCAUCGUGUUCCAGGAGCCCGGCGCCAAGGCCUUCAGCCCCAAGAACAUCCGCUCGCAUUUCCAGCACGUGUUUGUGGUGGUGCGUGCCCACAGCCCCUGCUCCGACAACACCUGCUACAGUGUGGCGGUGGCCCGCUCACGCGACGUCCCCGCCUUCGGUCCGCCCAUCCCCGAGGACGUCACCUUCCCCAAGUCGGGCGUGUUCCGGGACUUCCUGCUGGCCAAGGUGAUCAACGCGGAGAACGCGGCGCACAAGUCGGACAAAUUCCGCGCCAUGGCCACACGCACGCGGCAGGAGUACCUGCGCGAGUUGGCCGAGCGCCACGUCACCAGCACGCCCAUCGACCCGUCGGGCAAGUUCCCCUUCAUCUCGCUGGCGCACAAGCGGCGAGAACGGAGCCGGCCGUACGCGGGGGCUGAGCUGCGCAGUGGCGGCGGCGUGGCCUGGCCCGUGCACGCCGAGGACCACCAGGGCGCCGGCGGAGAGCUGGAGGCGCUGCUGGCCGUGUCCGCCGAGCUGCUGGUGCUGGCCGACCCGGAGGCCAAGGCGGUGGUGUUCAACUGCGCCGUGCGCGACGUCAUCGGCUGGACACUGGGCAGCCCGGCCUCCAUGAAAAUCUACCACGGCCGCGGCGAGAGCGUGGCGCUGCGCUCCAUCGGAAACAACACAGAGGACUUCCGCGAGGUGGUCAAGAGGCUGGAGUUCCUGACCAAGGGCUGCGAGACGACUGAGCUGACGCUGCGGCGCAACGGCCUGGGCCAGCUGGGUUUCCACGUCAACUACGAGGGCAUCGUGGCCGAGGUGGAGCCGUACGGGUACGCCUGGCAGGCCGGCCUGCGGCAGGGAAGCCGCCUGGUGGAGAUCUGCAAGGUGUCCGUGGCCUCGCUCUCGCACGAGCAGAUGAUCGACCUGCUGCGCACCUCCGUCACCGUCAGGGUGCUCAUCAUCCCGCCGCACGAGGACGCCACGCCCCGCAGGGGCUGCUCUGAGCUCUACCGUGUGCCCGUGGUGGAGUACAAGGGCAGUAACGAGGCGGGCCCCUUCGAGUACAAGUACCCGUUCCGCAGCAACAACAACAAGUGGCAGCGCAACAGCUCCAGCCCGCAGCAGUCGCUGGCCGCCUCGCCCCAGCCGGGCCACGCCGUGGAGCCGGGGCGCCAGAGCAACCGCGCCGUCAGCCUGGGCGCCAGCAUGGGCAAGACGCUCUCCGCCGAGCACCACGAGCGCUCCGCCGCCAUCCCCCGCAGCGUCUCCAGCGACGGGCGACCCCUCGACAAGAGGAUGUCUCCUGGCUCUGAGGGUUAUGGGAUGGGCUCGUCUCUGGGUCUGGGCCGUCACAACCGCAGCUCUCCCAGCAACCUCUCCUGCUCCAGCGACACUGGCAGCGCACACUGGAGGCAGAAGUCCAUGCCAGAGGGAUAUGGGACCAACAGGCACUCUCCUCUUCCUGGGGAGCGUCAGCUCACACCUGAGGGGUGCACCAGUGGCAAGAGCACACCCAGCGGAGCAGAGCGGGGCUCAGCAGAUGGUCCCGUCACGAAGUCUGGGUCGUCCUAUUCUGGGGGCCCUCGUAUCCAGAGACAGGAGCAGGUCAUCCACCACUCUCCUAAGAAGGGCAGUCAGUCUGAGGGCCUGUACUCUGGCAGUAACACCCUCUCCAGCACGACCUCCAGCGGGGGCCUGAGCGACGACAAGUGGUAUGACCUGGGCGGUGGCAGCGGCGGCAGCAGUGGGGGUGGUGGUGGUGGAGGGAUAGGCGGGGGUGCGGAGCUCAGCGACCCCGAGCCCAACGGCCUGGGGGGCGGCGGCUACCUGCAGGGGGCGUCGGCCGACAGCGGUAUCGACGCCUCGUCCUACGGCGGGCCGGCCCACCACAGCAGCUCGUCCUCGCUGCUGGCCGUGGGCGGACCGGGCACGCGGGAGCGCGAGCGUGAGCGUGAUCGGGCCUCGUCUCCCUGGCAUGGCGGCACACCAGACGGUGGCCGGCGCGUGCUGGAGCGCUCGCCCCCCGCGGCAGAGUCGCCCGUGCCCCCCGGAGGGCCGCCCGAGGGCCCCGCCCGCAGCCCCCCCACACACCUGCUGGUGCGCGACGGCAGCUCGUACAGCCUCAGCGACACCGCCUCACACUCCAGCGCCUUGAGCUCGCGCCACUCGGGCGGCAGCCCCGGCCUGCUGGGCUCCAGCCUCAGCUCCCCGCAGGAGCCCUCCUCGGCCGCCACCUCCCCCUGCUCCUCCUCGGCGGCCACCUCUCCCUGCUCCUCCCAAGCCUCCACCUCCCCCAGCCCCAAGUCCUUCUACCCGCGCCAGGGGGCCACCAGCAAGUACCUGAUUGGUUGGCGCAAGCCCGGCAGCACCAUCAACUCCGUGGACUUUGGGGACACGCGCAAGAGGUCUCCAGGAGAGGGUCCCGAGGGGGGGGCCCAGACCCCGACCCGCCCCACUGUCAGAGACCUGCACUCCCCCCAGGGCAAGUCCACCAUCGAGGAGGACAUGAAGGUCAUGGCCCUGGACCCACCGCCACACCCACACUCACGCUCACACUCUCACUCACGGCGCGAGGACAAGAUCUCCCCGUCCUCCUCUGGCCCGCCCCCGGGCCGCCGCUCGCUGCACCGCACCCUAUCAGACGAGAGCAUCUACCGGGGCCAGAGGCUCCCCGCCCUGGGCGAGGCCGGCGUGCUGGAGCAGGAGGUCCUGUUCAGCUGCUCCACCAUCCCACGAUCCCCCACCACGCGCGGGGUGCCCCUGAGACGGCCCUCGUACAAGCUGGGCAUCAAGCUGCACGGCGACCUCUCGGCGUCGGACACCUCCCUGGCGGACCUGCACGAGCGCCACCGCCAGCCGGACCGGGAGAUGGGCCUCAUGCCACUGCCGGACACGGACGAGCGCAGCCUGGACUGGAGCCACCUGGUGGACGCCGCCAACGUUUUUGAGGGGGACACCAGACUGCAGCGGGUCCCAAGAGGGUUCGUGUUCAGCUCCCAGGACCUGAGCAACCGCGGGGACACCCCCAGCCCCAAGCACGGGGUGCGCAAGCCCCUGCCCCUGGCCAGACCCUCCUCCAGUGAUGGGCACAUGAGUUUGGCCUCCAAGGUGACGCAGCUGGAGGCCGUGGUGAAGCUGCUGAAGGACGACCUGAAGAAGGAGAAGGAGGAGAAGGUCAAGCUGCAGGCCCAGAUCCAGAGGCUGUGGGAGGACAACCAGCGGCUGCAGGAGGAGUCCCAGGGCUCGGCCGCCAAGCUGAAGAAGUUCACAGAGUGGGUCUUCAACACCAUCGACAUGAACUGAGAGCGAGUGCGCAGGCAGCACACCAGCACAGGCCACGCGGGGGGGCAGGAGGAGGCCUAAAGAACUAAGGGGUGUGUUAACUAUGAAGAAGUGUACAGUUUCCCGGGAUGCUCGUGUCAGCUGGGACCAGCUGAAGCAAAUUACCCCUGAUUUUCCUAUUCACUACCCUGUUGGAUGAAGCUCUUUUGACGACCGAUACUGGAAGCCUCAUACACACGCGCACACUACCACACCAUCAAAGCACUGUUCUCCUGUCCGUGGUGUCCAGAUGGACCAACUCAAAACAUCCCUCAGCUUUCCCUGAAGUGUCCUUUCCCACUCCAGGCACCGUCUGAAGGGGCAUUGUUAGGACUCCACAGUCUUAUUUUCGUCAAGGCCUGCCCCAACCUGCCCCCUCAUGCAGCCAACCCCCCAGUGCUAUAUGUCCUGCCCUUUCUUCUGCCCUUGUACCCCAUCAGUCCCUUACUCUCCCCUCACCCCUAUCGACUCUGUCCAGCCGCAGUGUCUCUCCCCUCCACUGGGAAGUUUGGGGAAGAAUUGCACGAGCCAGUCGCCUGCAACUGCUGCUGUGCUGCUCAAAAUGGGGGCGGGAGAAACCACGGAAGUGUGGAUGAUUGGUUGGCCCACCUGUCAUCUUACACUCUCACCUCGGGAUUGACCUCUUUUGUGCACAGCUCUUACAUUCCGUGUGUGUGUGUGUGUGUGUGUGUGUGUGUGUGUGUGUGUGUGUGUGUGUGUGUGUGUGUGUGUGUGUGU